UUCUCCAUUUGAAAGAGAGAAAUGAAAACUGGAAUCCAUUCUGGUGGGAAAUGAUUAUUUUUUGUCUCUCACUCUUGAGGUUGUCACUGAUUUUUCAAGCACGGUGCAAACAUUUCUUGGAACAAUGGUAUCCUUGUCAGUGUUUGUCUUUCUACCGGUCAGCGUUUUGCUGUGGGUUGUGACCCCCUCUGUCUCAGACAAAUGUGACAGCUACACGGGGUACCCUGGUGUGCCAGGCAUCCCAGGAACUCCUGGUACUAAUGGACAUAAUGGACCAAAGGGGGAAAAAGGAGAUCCUGGUGAAGACACGCAGCCGUUGAAGGGAGCCAAGGGUGAACCGGGUGUUUCUGGACGCCCGGGCAGACCUGGCCUCAAGGGGGAUGAAGGGGAACCUGGUGCACCAGGACCAAAGGGUCCAAAGGGUCCAAAGGGAGCUUUUCAGACAAUAUCAGAUGUUAGUCCUUCAUUUUUCUCUAAUAAAAGAAGGAGUACUUCCAGAACAGGUAUAAGCCAAAAUAAAAUCGUUGAAUUUGAAGACUCGGUCUCUCCUGAGAAGGCUGGUGAUAACCUGAGUGAAGGUGUUUUCACAGCCAAACAGUCAGGCAUUUAUUACUUCGUGUACCAUGUGUCUGCAUUGCAGACCGCUUGCCUGUGUAUUAAGAAGGAGGAGACAAUCGUAUUCAACGUCUGUGAUUUUUCUCAAGGAGUGCUGCUGACCUCUGGGUCUGUGGUCCUGGACCUGAGGCCAGGGGACACUGUGGGUCUGUCCGUGUGCACUAAAUCAAGUCAGAUCAUGAGUAAAGAUGCUGAUAGCACAUUCGCCGGCUUCCUGCUAUUCCCUUCAUAAAUAUUCAAAAAAAAUAAAGCAGUUUCAGUGUUUUACCUAAUUAAGAUCUCUCUUAAGAUAUCGCCAUGAUUUCAGAUGAUUAUUUCUGUGUUCUCUUUGCCUUUCUUCCAGCAGCUUCCAGUAUUUUAUCAAACAACUUUUUUUUUUUUUAAAUCAUGAACAAAUGUAAUAGAAGUGUUGCAAACAUACCGAUGUAAUCACAUGACUGACCAUUUAAUGCAGACAAAAAUAAAAGCUGAAAUAAACAGAAAUAAAACCCUCAA